UGGUAAAUAGAGGUUUUGCGAGCAAGUUUUCAUGAAUUUAUUACGCAAGUAACAGCAAAAAUGCAGCAAGCACAUCGCCCUGGAACUUUAAAACAGAGCAAUAAAGUUCAUAAGUCUCGUCAUCGCUCAAAACGCAGUGUUACAUCGGCAGUAAAAGGUAAAAUAAGCAUUAAAGAUGUGGUACGCCGCAACCGCCACAUUCUGAAAAAGGAAGAAAGACGUCAUCAAGCGAAUCAAAUUCGUAAGAAUAAGCGCGAAGAAGUUUUAUCCAAAAAACGCGCUCUUGGUGGUGGCAGAAAUCCUCCAUUUCUUGUCUGUGUGGUGCCACUGAAUGCCCAGCUGGAUGUACAAUCUGCUCUGGCAAUAUUAAGAACUUGUUCUGAAGGUGCUGUAGUCAGUCAGUCAGAAAAUGGAAUCUUGCACAUUAGCUUACCAAACUUCAAACAACGUUUCUCAUUCAUAUGUCCUGAAGUAGACAAUGACUUCAGUCUAUUAGAUGCCCUCAAAAUAGCGGACACAGCAUUAUUCGUCUGCUCCGCUCUUGAUGAACCAAUGGAUGAAUGGGGUGAACGAGUCUUGGCAUUAGCCAUGGCCCAGGGCAUGCCAACUCCAGUUGUAGUUGCCAUGGACAUUGAAGGGGUACAUCCUAAGAAACGAACCUCAGAAAAACACAAUGUACAGAAGCUGAUAUCGAAAUGGCUUCCUGAAGAAAAAGUUAUGCAAUUAGAUAAAAGUUCUGAUGGUUUAAACUUGUUACGAAGAAUUGGUAAUCAAAAACGUAAUGUAAUCCACCAUAGAGAGAAGAGACCAUAUUUAUUAGCAGAGGAAGUUCAAUAUGUACCAGAUACAGAAGGUCAAAGUGGCACCUUAAAAAUAACUGGAUAUUUACGAGGUAUGCCGUUAAAUGUAAAUGGUUUAGUCCAUAUCACGGGUUUAGGUGACUUCCAAAUGUCUCAAAUUGAUGGAUUAGAUGAUCCACAUCCAUUGAAUUCAAAAGACAAUUCAAAGCUGGACUCUAUGGAUGCAGAAGUAGUGAAGCGGACUGUGUUGCAAGUUGCUGAUCCUGCUAAACAGGAGAGUUUGCAGUGUGAAAAUGUGCCAGAUCCUAUGGAUGCAGAACAGACUUGGCCCACUGAGGAGGACAUUGAACAAGCCAAUAUAGAGACAAAAAACAAGAAAAUGAAAAGAAUACCAAAAGGGUGGUCUGACUACCAGGCAGCAUGGAUUGUGGAGUCUGAUGCAGAGGGAGAGGGCUCCGACGAUGGUAGUGAAGAGGAUGAAGAUGAUGACAAUGAGGAUUUCAUGUCUUGUGAAGAAGAUAAUUCAGACCAGGAAGAAAAGGAGGCAGACAAUGAUUUUGAAUCUGUCACUGAGUCUGAAGUUGGACCCACUGAUGAAAAGUACAAGAUGACGUCAUCAUGGGAUCCGAAAGAAAACCUACCUGAGGAUUACGCUCGUAUCUUUCAGUUUGAGAACUACGAUCGCUCUCGUCGACGGGUCUUCAAGGAACUCGAAGACAGUCUAGUGAAUAUGUAUGGUUUCUACAUAACAAUCCAUGUAAAAGAUGUACGUCAAGACCUCUGGAAGGCUCAUCAAUCAGCAAAUGCCAACGCCCCUCUCUCUGUGUUUGGCCUUCUACCUCACGAACACAAAAUUUCGCUCAUGAACGUCGUACUAAAGAGGACCGGCGUCAGUAACGAGCCUAUUAAGAGCAAAGAAAGGCUGAUAUUCCAAGUCGGAUACCGGAGAUUCAUUGUCAACCCUAUUUUUAGUCAGCACACUAAUGGUAGUAAACAUAAGUACGAAAGAUUCUUCCAACCGGCUUCGACGUGUGUUGCCAGCUUCUACGCGCCAAUCCAAUUUAGCCCUUCCGCCGUACUUUGUUUCAAGGAGAAAAGAAACACAAAACUGCAGUUAGUAGCAUCAGGAGUAUUGCUCUCUUGCAACCCAGAUAGAUUGAUCAUCAAACGAAUUGUGCUAUCCGGACAUCCCUACAAGGUGCAUAAAAAGUCAGCCGUGAUAAGGUUCAUGUUCUUCAAUCGAGAUGACGUGAUAUACUUCAAACCUUGCAAGUUGAGGACGAAAUACGGCCGCACUGGACAUAUCAAGGAGCCCUUAGGUACUCAUGGCCAUAUGAAAUGCGUGUUCGACGGGCAGCUCAAGUCUCAAGACACGGUGCUUCUCAGCCUGUACAAGCGCAUGUUCCCGAAGUGGAACUACGAGAACUGCAUCGUCACCGACAAAGGGAGUCAGUCUGAAGGAAUGGAGGCUUAAGAUCUUGAUCUUGAAUAAAUGCUAA